AUGUUUCUUGAACAACUCCCAAAUUCAUCCUCCUCCUCCAGUUCCGCUGCCUGCAGUGAGGACCGGAGAACCUCGCCCCGAGCCCAAGUAGAAAGCCCUAGCCCAUCUUCUCAACCACCACCGCAAACCAGCGCCACCGCUCCAUCUCCCAAAGUAGAUGAAAAAGCCCAACGGUGCCUGACCAGAAUCCUCCAGAGUAUGCCCUCCGAGAUGGAUAUCGCCACAGUUUACGCCACUGUGAAAGCCUGCCUUGGAAUAUCCCUGUCAAAGGACCGAGCCACAACUUCCACAUCCCAAAAUCCUCCCCGACCUCCUCCAUCUGCCUCCCAAACAAAAGCCCCCCUUCGCACCCCUGAACCUACGCCCGUCGUCCCCCUUGUACAGUAUAGCGGGGACGAGUUUGAAGAAGAGGGAGGGGCGCAGCCCGCCGCCAUCCCGACCGAAGAAGCACUGUCCGUGCCGCCGCCACAUGUAGAAGGCAUGACUGCUCCCAACGCUCCGACGCCACCAAGUGGCGGAGGCUCCAACUCCCCUACUCUCCUAGGGCCGACACAACCAAUCGAGGCAGAGGAUGAGUCGGUCCCGGAGACGGAGGAGGAGCCGCUGCGCCGCCGGAUGCGCAGAAUGGAGAUCAACACGCUGAUAAAGGAGGUGGAGGCCGGGGUGGCCAGCAUGCAAAGGGCGGAGGAGGAGCAGGUGGAGAGGCCCCGUGCAGUGCGGAGGCUGUUGGAUGAGCCGGAGGAGCCGGAAAACCAAGGAACCGUUGGGGCGAUAAACCAAGAGGCCGGAUAG